CCGACCGCUGCACUCUGCGCUCAGUCCGAGCCGCAGUCACUCCAACCGGCGAGGCGCAGCGGCACCGCGGGGUCCCCAGCCUUCCUGCAGUGCAGAGAUCCACUCAACUCAUGAACCCAUACUGGCAACUGAGAACUUCAAGGAUACCGUGAAUGUGUUUAUUAGGAAACAAAAUAGGAAAAUCUACAGACAAACAUUUAAUUUGGUUGGAGUAUUUUUUGAAAGAUUUAGGCUACUUACACAUGUUUUUAGGGUUUCUAUGGACAGUCAUAUGACCACAGCAAAUGCUCACGAGCAAUAAUAUAAUGAGUACUUUUGACAUUUCUCUUUAAACCUCAAGAUGGAUUUACAAACCCUGAACGAGACCUCUGUGUUCUUGGAGUGUGUGGAAGCGCAAGGCGCAGCGUCAAACGGAACGCCGAACUCCAGCCUGGAACUCACUAACAUCACCACCUGUGGAAACGCUUACGUGGUCCUCAAACCGCAGCAUGUCAAACAGAAAGAGGUGGACUCGCUGCGUAUCCUGCUCUACUCGGUAAUCUUCCUCCUCAGUGUGUUUGGCAACCUGCUAAUCAUUGUGGUCCUGACGGUCAACAAGCGCAUGAGGACGGUCACCAACUCCUUCCUGCUGUCCCUGGCGGUCAGCGACCUGAUGAUGGCCAUCUUCUGCAUGCCCUUCACCCUCAUCCCCAACCUCCUGGAGGACUUCAUCUUCGGGCCCACCAUGUGCAAGAUAGUGGCUUACCUCAUGGGUGUUUCCGUGAGUAUCUCCACCUUCAGCCUGGUUGCCAUAGCAAUUGAGCGCUACAGCGCCAUCUGCAACCCGCUAAAGUCACGGGCGUGGCAGACCCGUUCCCAUGCCUACCGGGUGAUUACUGCCACCUGGCUGCUGUCCUUCAUGAUCAUGAGUCCCUACCCUGUGUUCAGCCACCUGGUCGAUGUCCCCCUGAAGGACAACAUCACCAUCGCACGCAUGUGUCGCCAUAUCUGGCCCCACAGGGAGGUGGAGCAGACCUGGAAUAUGAUGUUGCUGCUUACGCUCUUUGUUGUUCCGGGUGUGGUGAUGAUCGUAGCCUAUGGACUUAUCUCCAGAGAGCUGUACCGGGGAAUCCAGUUUGAGCUGGGUCAAAAGACAUCAUCCCCCAGUCUAAAGAAUGGCCUGACCGGCACCAUGUCUUGCGGCAGCGACAACGGCGAUGGUUGCUACGUCCAGGUCUCCAAGCGUCCACACUCCAUGGAGAUGUCCACUCUGACAUCAUCUACUGCGAGCACAUCCAAAGUGGAGCAUGCCCGCAGCAACUCCUCAGAGGCCAAGCUCCUAGCCAAGAAGCGUGUGAUCCGGAUGCUGGUGGUGAUCGUGGCUCUGUUCUUCCUGUGCUGGAUGCCACUAUACUGCGCCAACACCUGGAAGGCUUUCCACCCAGCCUCGGCCCGCCGUGCCCUCUCUGGUGCCCCCAUCUCCUUCAUCCACCUACUGUCCUACACCUCGGCCUGCGUUAACCCCAUCAUCUACUGCUUCAUGAACACUCGCUUCCGCAAGUCUCUGCUUGCCACCUUUGCCUGCUGCUGUCGCCCUCCCUGCCGACGCCAAGGGCUGCGGGAUGGAGAGGAGGACGCAAUGGCUUUGGGGGUGUCCAUGUCCAAGUUUAGUUACACCACAGUCAGCACUAUGGGGCGUGCUGAGGGAGGGACCACUGACUGACUGGGGGACAGGGGAGACCAGAGAGAUAUGUGAUCGGUUUAGUCAUUUCUAUAGGGGACACCAUUAACCUGUGGUCAUUAAGUAUGGGGGAGAUUAGGUUUGGGCGGUAUCCAGAUUUUCAAACCUUCCUACCAUUCCUGUACCAUACCGGGGUACAAGUUAUUACCGGCAUUGUACACAAGGGGGGCUAUUUAUUUUCAAAAGCAAAAAACAACACCAACAAAAUAUUUAAACAAUUCUUAUUUUUUUACUCACGAAACAAAUUUGGGCAGGAUCCAGGAGGGGAUUGACUUAUUUAACAUAUAGUUAUAAGCAGUGGCGUAGCAUUUAUAUAUUUACGGUAUUCAAAAUCAUACCGUUGGAAUUUCAAAAUUCCCCCAGUAUACCGCCCAAGGCUAGGGGAGAUGCUCCCACAGUCUAUAGGGAAGUCAACACAAGACCGUGACUGUAAUGCUAAUGUCAAGACCAAUUGGCUCAGAGAUGUAUUAUCUAGUUAAACUAACCUACUGUCUGUCAAUGGGUAGAUCAAACCUGUAGUCCUUUAAAAAAAGGCCUAUGGAGAAUGAAUACCCAACAAACCCAAAGGAAAAGGACAGUUAUACACUGUUCAAUAGUUGAAAAACAAAAGAAAAUAAUGAAAAUAUAAUAGCAUUGUUUUUUAUUAGCAUGUGUCCCAAAUGAUGGAAAACAAUGUUUCAUGUAAUGAUAUGUAGCCUAUGUAGUUAUUUCGUUAUCAUCUGGGACUCAUUAAAACAGCUUGCAUUCAUUUUUACUGUUGAACCCCUGAUAUAGGAUGGGAACUAACAUCAGGGUGGAACUAAAGGGUUAUGUGUUGGUAGGGGGUGUAUUCCUGAAUGAUACGCUAUGGGGUUGCAGUGCAGUAGCUUGAGGAACAGGUAUUAGUUAUACCAUUUGCAAAGUUUCUACUUAUUUUCACGUUGCUUUGUGUUUUUACAAUGCCGAUGAUGUUCUUAUUAUUAGUGUUGUCAACGUCCUGAUGAUGAGAAGCUCUGUUGUGGACUAGAAGUGCGUGUCUGUAAAUGCUGAUCUUUCUUCGAGUAUCAUCUGUUUGCUGAGCUGUGGACUAUGUAUUUCAUGACGGACAUUGUAAAUACGGUGUUGCUACAUCAGGGUCUUAGCCAGACUGGAUUGGAUGUGGAUUGGAGGCCAGACUCAACUGCGACAAUACCAACCCAACCUUACCGAAGACAGCAGUGAUAAUGAAAGUAAGUAAUGUGGGUAUUAGGGAGGUACUGUUACUGUAUAUUUAGGCUGUUAGUCUGGAUCCAGCUCAUUUGUAAUAAUGGUAGACUGCCUGCCUUUGUCUCUUUUAGAAGUGCAUCCUUGCUUUUUAAAAAACAGCUCGGUCUCUGCAGAAAACUGACGACACAACAACUUGUGUUGCAUAUCAUUGACCUGUUGUGUACAGUGUAUGUGCUCUGUUGCCAUCUAAAGCGCCAUGUUGUCCAUGUAUCCACUGCACUGUUGGUGUGUGUGUUUGUGUUGCUGCUAACAGGGUGGGUAAAGUUACUCAGCUGAGCAGGGGAACGAUUCUACAGACAUUACUGAUUGGCUUCAGCAUCAUCUAAACUGUCAAAAAUGUCCUGUAAUUCAUACAGUAAAAUACUGGCAGCACAGGAGCCUGUAGAUUUACAGGACCUUUACUAAAAUACCAAUUUACAGCAUAUUACUGGAACACCUGACUACAGAAACAUGCUGUAUUUCUAGAAUCUACAGUGUAUAUGUGACAAUAAAACAUAUACAUUGAGUGUACAAAACAUUAAUAUGGAGUUGCACCCCCUUUUGCCCUAGGAACAGACUCAAUUAGUUGGGGCAUGGACUCUACAAGGUGUCAAAAGCGUUCCACAGGGAUGCAGGCCAAUGUUGACUCCAAUGCUUCCCACAGUUGUGCCAAGUUGGCUGGAUGUCCUUUGGGUGGUGGACCAUUCUUGAUACACAUGGGAAACUGUUGAGAGUGAAAAAACGAGCCACAUUGCCGUUCUUGACACACACAAACCGGUGCACCUGACACUUACUACCAUACUCCGUUCAAAGGCACUUAAAUCUUUUGUCGUACCCAUUCACCCUCUGAAUGGAACACCUACACAAUCCAUGUCUCAAUUGGCUCGCCUUCAUCUACACUGAUUGAAGUAGAUGUAACAAGUGAUAUCAAUAAGGGAUCAUAGCUUUCACCUGGAUUCACCUGGUCAGUCUAUGUCAUGGAAAGAGCAGGUGUUCUUAAUGCUUUGUACACUCAGUGUAUAUGUUCUUGUUUAUCUCGUUUUUAGGCAAGUUUUUAGACAAAAAAUAUGAUAGGGUCCUGUAUUCUGUGAGAUAUAGCAUUCUCACCAAUGGGACACGCCUCAAUACAGUAUGUUAAUGAGAUUAUUUCUCUGCCUACGACAAUUUGUUACAGUGUCGAUUUAGCCCAAAUCACCUGCUUAUGCAGCUGUGUAAAAAUGACAUCAUGUUGUAGAUUAUACUAUUUGGAGGCUGACGUUUUCAAAUCUGCGUGUCCCUUUUUCAAAUUCAAAUCAGAUGUUUUUGACUGAACAUGACUGCUCUCUCUGAGUUACGAAACAUACCCUUAUUAUGUCUUUAUUCUGGCUACAGAAUGCGACACAUUAUUCUUCAUAUUAGAUGGUCUCUUGGGCGUUUCUCUUGGUCAGGUUGGCGCUUUCGUUCAUGCAUGUGGUUGCGUCUGAAGUAGCAUCUUAUUCCCUACAAUAAUGCACUAUGGCCAAAAGUAGUGCACUAUUUAGGUGAUAGGGUUCCAUUUCAGACACACCCCUUAGUCUCUGCCUCAUCCACUCUGCUUGUACUAAUUGUGUUGUGUCCUCAGCCCGUGAGAGUGGAAUGCUGUCAAUUUCACAAAGAAAUAUGUAUGGUGUGCUUUUGUGAGGUAAUAUUUGACGAGCGUAGGUCCAUAAUGUAUUUGAGCAGUACAGACAAGAGCCUGUUCUGUGUGGCUGCCCCAAAUGCAUGUAUGGAAUCUAAAAUCUCUCAUGAUUUGUUUUAAUCUCCAUUGUUGAUAUUGUGUUGUGAGUAGACCAUGUAGAAACAGAACUUUGCCUUAAUCUAGGGGACUGGGUCAAGAGACGGUGAUUAGAUGGCAUGGGGCCUUCAUCCUUCAUCUCUGAGGCUGACGGUAGGGUAUAGGACAGGUUUUCUUUGAAAAACAAUUAUUCAGUAUCUCCUCUCCUUGGCUCAACAUUAUCGCUGCUGAAUAACAACCAUUUGCUGCUCACGCUCCUCCUCCAGCAAAAAAACCAGAGUGUGUUGUGUUAAAAAUCGUCCCCUCCAGGGAGAGAGGGGGAGAGGAGUCACACUCAAAGCCUUCCCCAAGCUUAUCUCACAUGGACACUGUUGACUAAUAACUACUCAUCCUCAGCGCACCGGAGGCACUCAGAUCUGCCCACUGACCUUCUCUGCCUCAUCCGUUUCUCUCUGUUCCCCUUUCAUCUGCUAACUGUGGCAUAGAUGUCAGAGUCGUGGGGAAGGCUUCAGCCUGGAGUGUGUAUGCAGGGACAGAAUGAGAGAGCAGAGAGCAGAGUAGUGAGCAGAGAGGGUUUUCAGGCAGACAUACAGCCUGGAGAGAGAAUGUACUUUAAGCAAAUAUCCCCCAGAUGUCAGAGCAGAGCCCGGGGAGCAUGAGAGAGUGUGCGAGGGAGAGAGAGGAACAUUCACCAGAUUCAGGCAAAGGUGUAAAGUAACUUGGCGGGAUGUGGCUCUGAUUUAUACACUGUGAUCUUGAUUUGGAUUUCAUUUUGUGAGUGCAUCUUUGCAUUACAUCUUGUAGGAAGAUAAAGCAAUGCACUACAACAAUGACCUCUCUAGCUCCUUCCAUUAUGGUUUUAUGAGAACAAAGACAAAUAACACAGACUUACUUACUCUCUAUCCCAGUGGUAGCGUCAUUCUGUGGAACAGAUUGAAACAGAGGUAAAUGAGUGGGAUCUCUCUCUCUCACACACUCACACACACCCACCCACACACACAAGAGACAUGAGAUAUUAAUGCCUCUGCUGGUGGCGUAUGCCUACAGAAUGCUUAAUGCAUUGGGAUCGGAAAGCCCUCCUCAACGUCAGAUAAGAGAUGCUGAUUUUCCAAUGGUGGCAGAGAGAAUGUUCAGUGUUAUGACUUUGUUACACACACUCACACUGUCUCCUUUCUUUCUUUUUUUCUAUAUUAUCCCCCGUCACAAAGAUAGCAAAACAAAAUACACUGCAGUACAUAAACAAAAGUAUGUGGACACCCCUUCAAACUAGUGCUAUUUCAGCCACACCGUUGCUGACAGGUGUGUAGAAUUGAGCACACAGCUAUACAAUCUCAAUAGACAAACAUUGGCAGUAAAAUGGUCCGUACUGAAGAUUUCAGCGACUUUUAAUGUGGCACAAUCAUUGGAUGCCACCUUUCCAACAAGUCAGUUCGUCAAAUUUCUUUCGGGCUAGAGUUGCACAGGUCAACUGCAAGUGCUAUUAUUGUGAAGUGGAAACAUCUAGGAGCAACAACGGCUCAGCCACGAAGUGGUAGGCCACACAAGCUCACAGAUCAGGACCGCCAUAUGUUGAAGCGUGUAGCACGUAAAAAUUGUCUGUCCUCGGUUGCAACACUCACUACCGAAUUCCAAACUGCCUCUGGAUGCAAUUUCAGCACAAUAACUUUUCGUCAGGAGCUUAAUGAAAUGGGUUUCCAUGGCCACACACAAGCAUAAGAUCAAAAUGCGCAACGCCAAGCGUCAGCUGGAGUGGUGUAAAGCUGGCCGCCAUUGGACUCUGGAGCCGUGGAAAUGCGUUCCUGGAGUGAUGAAUCAUGCUUUACCAUCUGGCAGUCCAAUGGACAAACCUGGGUUUGGCGGAUGCCUGGAGAAUGCUACCUGCCCCAAUGCAUAGUGCCAACUGUAAAGUUUGAUGGAGGAGGAAUAAUGGUCUGGGGCAGUUUUUCAUGGUUCGGGCUACGCCCCUUUGUUCCAGUGAAGGGAAAUCUUAACGCUACAGCAUAACCUUACAUUCUAGACGAUUCCAUGCUUCCUACUUUGUGGCAACAGUUUGGGAAAGGCCCUUUCCUGUUUCAGCAUGACAAUACCACCGUGCACAAAGCGAGGUCCAUACAGAAAUGGUUUGUCGAGAUCAGUGUGAAAAAACUUGACUGGCCUAAACAGAGCCCUGACCUCAACCCCAUCAAACACCUUUGGGAUGAAUUGGAAUGCCGACUGCAAGACAGGCCUAAUCGCCCAACAUCAACGCCCGACCUCACUAAUGCUCUCAUGGCUGAAUGGAAGCAAGUCCCUGCAGCAAUGUUCCAACAUCUAGUGGAAAGCCGUUCCAGAAGAGUGGAGGCUGUUAUAGCAGCAAAGAGGGGACCAACUCCAUAUUAAUGCCCAUGAUUUUGUAAUGAGAUGUUCGACGAGCAGCUGUCCACAUACUCUGAUCAUUAUACACAUUAUAAACUCUUCCAAUGUGCUGUAGACUGAACAGCCUGAGGAAGCGGAUAGGAAGAAAACACAGUAGAAUUCCUCUAAAGGUUAGUGAUAAUGCAGGACUUCAUUUCAUAUGGGAAAGCUAUUAGAAUAAUAUCCUUAGAAAAGGUCAGUGUCUGACACACACACAAAAAAAGACGCAAUUCAUUUGGUCCUCACAGUGGCAUUUAACAAGUGCACCAAAAACACAGGAUAUGUCCGGUCAGACCCACUGUCACAGGGAUUCGACAGAUUCACAAACAAUUUGCCCUUUAUUAUUUUCAGAAGUGAACAAAGGAAAUGAAAAUGACACCGAAAGUCAUUUGCAUACACACACACACACACACACACACACACACGCACGCACGCACGCACGCACGCACGCACGCA